AUUCGAUUACCAACCACAAGAACAGACUACACUUGGUUCACAUUCAGUAGUCACUACACAGAAAACAGAGAAAAAAACAACCUGUUAAAAACUGGGAAAAAAAAAGCCACAAAACGAUUUCGAGUGAGUUACUACUGAGUCGGCCGAGUUAUGAAAGCCCUAACGAGCCCGAGUUGCAGGGUCGGCUUGGAGAGAGGAAGUUGCUGUUCUUCUUCUAUGUUUGUGAGAAGAUCAUUCGAGAACUGUUUUCUGCGGAGUAAUAGGAAAGUUUCUGGUUUUGGGUUCUUAAAUUCGGUUUUCGUCAAACAGAGAAAGGCUGUUAUUUACCCGGUUUUUUGUCUCUCAUCUAAAACCCAGGUAGAUUUCGGGACAGAAAAUGCUCAAACUGAGGAAAUAUAUCAAUCAAAAACGGUUCAUGUCAAAUUCCAUUUGCUGAAAGAAUGCGUGUUUGGCGAGCAAUUUCUCAUUGUGGGGGAUGACCCUAUGUUUGGUUUGUGGGACCCAGAGAGCGCGGUGCCAUUAAACUGGUCCGAAGGGCAUGUGUGGACUGUUGAGCUGGAUAUACCUGUUGGAAAGUCAAUCCAGUUCAAGUUCAUACUUAAGGACAGCACUGGGGAAAUCGUGUGGCAACCAGGUCCCAAUCGAGUUUUUCAGACUUGGGAAACAAAGAACACAAUCACUGUCUCUGAAGAUUGGGAAAAUGCUGAACUUCAGACAGUAAGUGAGGAAGAACAAGCUGCUGACAAAAAGGAGAACCAAGGGAAAUUAGUUAUUGAAGAUCACAGUGAAUUAGCAAUAGUUAACAAGGAUUCAAAUCAAGCAGAUAUACCAUUAGUAGAACCAAUUGAGAAGCCGAAAACUCUCGUUGCAGAUGAUAUAAGUUACACAAAGAAUGACCCCAUACCGAAUCUUAGUUCUCAAGUGCUCAGUGAAAAGAGAGUUGAUUCUACAAAUGAGAAUUUCACUGUUAUUUUGAACAACAGUGUUACGAUAGUGGAUGAAAUUUUAGAAAACAAUGGUAGAGAUGCAACGAUCAUGAAUCUGGUGAGCACAAACCUAGUCGACCACGAAGGAGAACCUGUCCUGGUUCCUGGCUUGACUCCGGCACCAUCAAUGCCAAACGAAGAAGAAAAGCAUGAUCAGGUUGAGAAUAGGAUUUCCUUUGACGAAUCUGUUAAAGCAUUUGAAGAUAAGGAUCAUAAUUUGCCAGAGAUUCCGCUGGAUGAGAAGCAAGAACCGGAGAGUCACCUGUCCGAAAAAGAAAUGACUAAUGACGUGUUCAACAAUGACGAGGAAGAGAAGGUUGAUAAUGAAUUGCAACAAAAACCUCAUAGUUCUAACAAUGAAGAGCGGUCCGACUCUGAGCCAGAAGGCGAUAAUAUCAUGAGCAAUGAUCAUCAAUGGGGCCGUAAAACUCUGCAGAGGUUUCUGACUAAUUUCGGGCUGUUCUAGCAUCUCAAUUGUCAGACAAAAGGGAAGAAAAACCUCAAAUUAUCUCUAGCCUGCAAAUGUUGUGUUGUCCAAAAUUUUCAAUUGGCUUAGCACAGGAGGUUGAUGUAUUCUUAGGGGUUGUUCUUUUGCAUUUUUGAGUUAUGCAUUCUUGAAUGAAGA